GGAGAGAUUUGGGUGAGAAAUGGCCGCCGAAUUUUGCUUACGAAACAUUUCGUUCAUGCCCAGUUUACACAACCCUGGCACAACCCACUUUCCAAACCAUGAACUUGGUGAGGACGUAUAAAUGAGUUGUAUGGUUGAAUGACCUCUUAAUCAUCGUCAUGAUUUCUUGGGCACACCGUAUUACGACGAUGUCGGCCCAAGGCCGCCCAUGUGAGUGUUUGUUGUUGGAACACUCCGCCUGUCUAGUCUCCUCUGUGAUUCUGUCGAGUGCAUGUGUUCAAGCGUGAUCUCUCUGCGAGGCACAAGCAACCACGAUCACCAGAAGUUACCUGGGCACCAACAAGAUCAGAUCAGUGUUUCACUUCAUAGCGUUUGUCGUCUAUAAACUGAUAAAACAUGAACGUAUUCCGAUUUUAAAAAGUUGUUUUAGAAAGUGGCGUUAAAAAAAGGAAUGUGGAUUUCUCCCUCUGAGUAGACUGGUGUACAUGCAGAUUUAUUUCAUAUUUAUUCGUGAAUCCUCGUCUGGUGGCAGCCCCUUACAAAUAUAGGUAUGCCUGAACAAUCAAGAUCCCAUCAACCGAUCAUUUUACAAAAAUGUUGUCAACCGCGCAAUAGACCCGCGUGUGUAACUGUGACAGUCCUCGGAUUUGUCAUUGCAGCUAUUCUUUUAGCUUUUGUGGCCUUCGGACAAGACGAAUCGUCUCAUGCGACUCUCCGAUUGGUUAGCGUGGUGUUCCGACAUGGAGACCGGACUCCAACGGAGACGUACCCCACGGACCCACACAGGGAAGCAGACACGUGGCCCGAAGGGUGGGGAGCUCUUACCAAGAAAGGUAUGCAACAGAUGUUCAAUCUAGGACAGUUCCUGCGAAAACGAUACAACGGAUACCUUAGCGAACUGUAUUCUCCCAAAGAGUUUCUAAUUAAAAGCAGCGCCAACGACCGUUGUCUCAUGAGCGCACAGGUUGUUCUUGCAGGACUCUACCCCCCCACGGGAAUGCAAGUGUGGAACCCUGACCUCAAAUGGCAGCCCAUACCAGUUCAUUCGACCCCAAGACAUUUGGACCAGCUAAUUGCAAUGAAGAAACCGUGUCUGAGAAAUGAGCAGGAGUUACGGAAAGCGUACAGGUCCAGUACGAUAACAGAGCUGAACCACGAUAAUGAAGAUCUGUACGGCUAUCUCACUACGCACACGGGGCAGAAUGUCUCAAAUAUCACAGCAGUCGAGCUCCUCUAUAACACGCUGGAAAUAGAGGAUUCAAAAGGGCUUCGUCUGCCAGAAUGGACACGAUCUGUGUACCCUGAGAAAAUGAGAUAUUUGGCAGCCAUCAGUCUCACAGUCUUCACCUACAAUGAAGUCUUGAAGAGACUGACAGGAGGUCCACUGGUGGGAGAGAUCACACAGAACAUGGAGAAUAAGCGGACAGGCUUGCUGAAGUCUGACCAAAAGAUGGUUCUUUACUCAGCACACGAUCUCACUAUUGUGAAUCUGUGGCGUGCCCUGGGAUUCACAGACCUCAUUAAACCUGAUUAUGGGGCAUCGCUAGUGUUUGAGUUGCACAGGACUCGAUCAGGGACAAGCUUUGAGGUGAAGAUGUUGUACCUCAACAACACAGCCACAUACCAUCUUAAUAUACUCAACAUGCCGAAGUGCGGACAGCCCUGUUACCUAGAUACUUUCCUGAGACUCGCCCGACCAGUGGUGCCAGAAGACUGGGAUCAGGAGUGCCAAACCACUGUAGAAUUGCAAAGUAGGGGAAGGAUCGGACAUAACCUUUAUUUUUUUGUGGUAAUUGACAACUGUGAACAGUGCACACGUGUAAAAAUGUUCAGUUGGCUUAGCAAAGAUGAAAACAAGAAGACACCUGAGUUGUUUGAGAAUGUUGUGGAAGGGCUCAAGAAGAUUUACAAAACUAAGUUACUUCCCUUGGAACAGUUCUACCAGUUUCAUGAUUUUCAUUCACCGAUGUUGGACGAUCCGGAUUUUGAUGCUAAACCAAUGAUACUACUUGUUGGGCAGUAUUCUACAGGGAAAACAACGUUUAUUAAAUAUUUAUUGGAACAGGAUUUUCCCGGAAUACGAAUAGGUCCAGAACCAACUACUGAUCGGUUCAUUUCAGUCAUGUAUGACGAUAAGGAGGGCGUAAUUCCAGGAAAUGCAUUGGUAGUCGAUCCUAACAAGCAGUUCAGACCUCUAACAAAGUUUGGAAAUGCUUUUCUAAAUCGUUUUCAGUGUUCGUUAGUAAAUUCUCCAGUACUUAAGGGUAUGUCAAUUGUUGACACUCCUGGUAUUUUGUCGGGUGAAAAGCAACGUGUGGAUAGAGGAUAUGAUUUUACUGGUGUAUUAGAGUGGUUUGCGGAACGGGUGGAUAGAAUUAUCCUGUUGUUUGAUGCACAUAAACUUGAUAUUUCUGAUGAAUUCCGAAGGUCCAUUGAAGCUCUACGCGGGCAUGAUGAUAAAAUCCGUAUUGUCCUUAAUAAAGCUGAUAUGGUGGAUCACCAGCAGCUCAUGAGGGUUUAUGGUGCUUUAAUGUGGUCUCUAGGAAAGGUGCUACAAACCCCUGAAGUAGCACGUGUGUACAUUGGUUCAUUUUGGGACCAGCCUCUCAGAUAUGAUGGGAACAGGAGGUUAUUUGAAGAUGAAGAACAGGACUUGUUCAAAGAUAUGCAGUCACUCCCAAGGAAUGCAGCUCUGCGGAAACUGAAUGAUCUAAUCAAAAGGGCUCGAUUAGCAAAGGUUCAUGCAUACAUUAUCAGUGCUUUGAGGAAAGACAUGCCUUCAAUGUUUGGCAAAGAUGGCAAGAAAAAGGAACUGAUUAAGAAUCUGGGGCAGAUUUAUGAUCAGCUGCAGCGAGAACAUCAGAUUUCACCCGGAGACUUUCCAGAACUAAAAAAAAUGCAAGAACAUCUUGUGCACCAUGACUUCACCAAAUUCCAUCCUUUGAAGCCACGCCUUCUUGAGGUGGUUGACAAGAUGUUGGCAGAAGACAUUGCUCGACUUAUGGCCAUGAUUCCCCACGAAGAAGUACACACUGUCAUCGAACCACAUGUGAAAGGUGGAGCAUUUGAAGGCGUUGAAGACACUGUGAGUCCAUUUGGCUACAAGCGAGGCGAGGGCAUUGACGCAGGAUCCGGCGAACCAGAGUGGAUUGUCAGCAGGGAAAGAUACAAGUACGACACCAUCUUCGACGCACUCAGCCCUGUAGAUGGUAAAGUUACAGGAGCUGCUGCAAAAGCUGAGAUGGUGAAGUCAAAGCUCCCCAACUCAGUUCUUGGAAAGAUUUGGAAGCUGUCGGACAUUGACAAGGACGGACUCCUUGACGCAGAUGAGUUUGCAUUAGCUAUGCAUCUGAUUAACAUCAAACUGGAUGGGCAUGAUCUUCCAUCUGAACUUCCAGACCAUCUAAUACCGCCUUCAAAACGGAACAUGUAACACAUACUGCUUUCUGUUAACAUUAUUUAUAUACAUUUACACCUAGGCACAAUGCUUGUAAAUUGAGGCUUGUCAUAACAGCAUUAACUUCGGUGUUGCCUUUGGUGCUGAAAGCACGAGUACUGAAAAUUAUACUGGUAUGACAGUUUACUAAAGUAAGAAAGAGUAUUUUUCAUUUACGUAAUACGUACAAUUUUUAAUAAAUAUAUUGCAUUUUUGUAUCUUAAGUGAAUGUGGAAUGUUGGAAAUACUUGGAUGUGUCAAGUUACAGUUGCAAAUUCAUUAUAGUCGAUGUUAGAAAAGUUUACUUUUGAAGUAUUUCACAUUUAUAUGAAUUUUGGAAUUCACCUAACGUACUGCAUCUUAACCGAGUGUUAAUCAGAUUCUUGCCGAAAUUGUUUAAGUAUUAUCAUCUUCUUUCCUACAUUAGAGACAAUGAAUUUCAUAUGUUUGUAUCAAACAUUUUGUCAUCUAAAUGUUAAAAAGUGUAUUUACAACUAUACAAAUUCAAUAAAAUCCUCUCGGGCAACAUGUGGCAACAAAAUGGAGUGAUGUCUCUGAAACGUUGACUACUGCUCCAUUUUGACGUGGCUCGUCACCCGAGGGGAUUUUAUUGCAUUUAGUUGCUGCAAAAGCCUCGAGUCAAAAUAUACAAAUUGCCGAAUUUGUGCCUAAUAUAAACCAGAUCAAUAUUUCUCAUUCUCUCGUUCCAGCACUUCGUCAAUUUAAGAAAAGAAACAGUUCCGCUUGCUCAGAACUGAAAGGCCCAAAUUAUUGUCUGAAUGAAAUGAAAAUCUUGCGAGGUUUUCUAUGGUAUAACCCUGGAAUUAGUACAUAAUGGAGUAUUGAGUUUUGAUGAAGUUGGGUUAUGUUUGUGGCUAAAUGCUAAAAUAUCUAUAAUGAGAGCACUGUCGUUACGCCCAUCAGUAAAUCUGAAGUAUGUAACAUUGUACUCACAUUAACUGUACUGUUAUUAAUUAUUGAAGAGUAAAUAACUUUGAUAGGCACACUCAGUGUUUAAUCUGCAUUGAUAAAAAUAACACAUCUGAAAUGGUUUGAAUUUUCAAUCUGUUUUGUUCCCCCAGGGUUCAGGAUGAAUUUUUAGAAAUUUUUUCCACUUGAUAUACUUGCACAUCCAUAAUUUCUAAUGCUGUCUACAUUUUCCAACACUGAAAAAUUACAAUGCGUUAAAAAAAGUUUAUUUCAUAAAAAGUGGAUCCAGUUUCUUGUGUUCUGUUGUGGCGGUAAAGUCCCAUAGUUUAAAAACUUCAGAAGUAGCUCUUACAAGAUAACUACUUGUGGCCUUAAAAUUUGGGAUGUUUCUAUACUCGGUAACAGUGAAAUAAGAUACAUUUAUCAGCAGCUGGCUCUGAUAACUACAUGGCGUGAUGGUAUUUAUGCUCUGAAUUAAAUUACAUGUGUCAAAUGUAAUGAAACAUAAUUUUUUUUGUUCCAAGAAUAUGUAGACUGAUUAUGACAGGAAUGUAAUAGAGUUUCUAAUAAAACCAAAUGUACAGCAUAUAUUAAUAGGAAUUACAAGCAUUUUUAAUUAAUAUUUUAAUGUAUGUACUGUAAAGUAAAUAUAAUUGUUCUAUUCCAUGUACAAAAUGACGUUAAUACAAAUGCCUGAUGUGAAUGGUAGUUCCAUGUGUAGCAUGCAUAAUUAGAUAUUAGGAUACUCAACAUUCUCUGGAUUUCGAGAAGCUAUACAUUACAGGAGAGCUAUUUCACUAUGAAAUUUGAAUCGAGCAUUUUCACUUCAGUACAAGUUUAAAUUUGCUACUCCACAUUUUAAUAACAUUACUCCAAAAGAAUAGAAUUAAUAAUAUAUAUGAGGUAGUAUGACUGAAUAAAAUUGUAAAGGGUUAUGUGCAGUGAAAAUUCUUUUAAUGGCACUGUAAUAACUGUUUGAACCACAAAGUAAAGUGAUAAUUACCUCAAGUUUCCACAGGAUCUUUCAGAUUGAAUAGUGUUUGGAGUUUGGCUUCAUAUUUUGAAUUCACCUUUUAGUAUAAAUAUGACCAGCCCAAAAGUUAAGUGUUAUUAUACAUUUCAAGGUAAAAUGUUAAAUUUGCGUGUACUAUAUUAGUCUGAUAAGUUAGUUUGCUUUUAUUAACAGUUACAUUCAGAAGAUAUGUGAAGUUAUAUUCUAAGUCCCAUCAGUGUAAAGAUUCCCUCUCCCACCCCCAGAGGUUCUUGAAACACGGUUGUCAACACUAAAUUGUGCACAAGACCCAUAAUUCCAGAUAUGUAUGGGAGAGUGCCCCUUGGUAUAAUAAUUUGUCUUCUUCCCUUUCAUAUAUUGUAAGAAAUGAAAUUAUUUACAUUAUACUAAGUGCAAAAAUAUUUGGAAUAAUUUGUAUUUAAUUUUAUAAGCAUAGUUGUUUGUGGACGAGACAUAAAUAUAUGACAUACUGAGUUGCUGUUAGCUUCUUGAGGACUCUGCUCACAGAUGUUCAUUUUUUAAAUGUGUCUGUUGUUUCAUAAUACAAAAAAUUCAAAUCAUGUGUGUUGCAAGUAAAGAGCAUUAGCAUUGUUUUGCAGAACCAGAAGUUCCCAUUAGUCUUAGAAAUGAAUUAUUUAAUUUACAGCUCUAAACAUAUUUCUUUCUUUUUGUAAUUUAACGUUUCAUGGAGAAUUAUCCACUAAAUUUAUACAGAAAUCUUCAUUUUUGGUUGGGUAUGCCCACACAGAGACUACUCCCGCACACAGAAAAUCUCGUUUUUGGAGGGUGGCGAAUUUGACCAACAUGUAAAUAGCGUGGCAGCAUUGUGGGAAUAAUUUUUAUUCCAAAAAGGGACACAAAGUGGUUCGUCUUAUGCUGAGUCUUACGUGUUGGGUUGUAGUUAAAUUAAAUGUUUCCAGCUCCAGACAAGCUGGAAAUUGGACCACAAACCUGUACACUGUAAGCAGAGUGAAAAGUUGGUUUGAGAUGUAAUAUAGCAUUUGUCAAGUACU